UUGGGCAAGACCAUUGCGGGGGAAGGGGGGCCGCUCCCUCCCCCCCAUUCUCCAUCAUGGAAUCUUCUGAGCCCCAGGGUCUUGACACACCUCUGGGCGAUACCAUUAUGGAAAGUGGGGUGAACUUGGGUCUUUUGUGGGGCUGCUCCCCGUUAUCCAGCAUGGGGCCUUCCUCCAGGGGAGUGAUACCCCCCGCCCUCGGGAGAGACCAUUGUAGAAAAUGGAGGGCGGGGUGUCAUGCAAGGACCUGAGGCGCUAAAGUCCUUUCCAUCAUCUCUGGCACUGGUUCCCCAGAUGACGAGGGAUUUCUCCCCCCAGGAGUCGUACUACCAGCCGCGGACACUGGAGAAACAUGCAGACAGCAUCCUGGCCUUGGCAUCCGUGCUGUGGUCCAUUUCCUACUACACUUCUCCCCUCGCUAUGUUCUACUUGUAUCGAAAAGGGUACCUAACCAUGUCCAAGGUGGUUCCUUUCUCGCACUACGUGGGCACCUUGCUGCUGCUGCUGGCCGGGGUCGCCUGCCUCCGAGGCAUCGGGCGCUGGACCAACCCCCAGUACAUCCAAUUCAUCACCAUCCUGGAAAACAGCCACCGUCUCGGCACCCCGGAGAUCAAGGUGAAGGGGGCGGGGGACCCGGAUCCCUCCCUCUGGCCCCUCCUCCAAGGGGGCUGCCCCCCACGCUCCCCUGCAGCCUGGCCAGCUCCCAAGAUGCCCUGCAGCAUGCUCCUGCCUGUCCUGCCCCCCAAAGUCUUUGGGGAUGGGAGAGGUGGGGAGGCAGCCCUGUCUGUAUUUCCCACAAUGCUUUGCUUCUGCCCUUGUGUCUCCCAUGAUGCUCAGGGGCCCGGUGCUGUGGUGUCUCCCAUGAUGCUCCUGCUGCUUCCCCCCCCCCACCACGGUGCCAUUUCCCAGAAUGCAUUGCAUCUCCCCUGGUGUCUGACAGCUGCCUUCCCCCUCCACACUAGGUGCCCGGCCUACCCGCCUCUCUCUGCCCCCCCCAGCUACGUGGUGGCGCACACGUUCGGGCGCCGGAUGCUCUACCCCGGCUCCGUCUACCUGCUGCAGAAAGCCGUCAUGCCCAUGCUGCUGCAGGGCCAGGCCCGCCUGGUGGAGGAGUACAACGGGAAGCGCGCCAAGCUGCUGGCCUGCGACGGUAACGAAAUCGACACCAUGUUCAUGGACCGGCGGCAAAGCUCCGAGCCCCGCGGCAAGAAACUGGUGAUCUGCUGCGAAGGCAAUGCUGGAUUCUACGAGGUCGGCUGCCUGCCCACCCCCCUGGAUGCUGGCUACUCAGUGCUUGGAUGGAACCACCCCGGCUUUGCUGGCAGCACGGUGAUCCCCGUUCCCCUCCCAGAGCUGGGAGAACCCAGGCGUCCUGGCUCCCAGCCCCCAGCUGCCAUGGACGUGGUGCUGCAAUACGCCAUCCACCGCCUGGGCUUCCUGCCCGAGGACAUCGUGGUGUACGCCUGGUCCAUCGGGGGCUUCGCAGGUACCAGGCUGCGGGGCAGGGAGCCCGUGGGGCUGGGGCGGGAGGCAGUGGGAGUCGGGGGGGAGGUGGAGCUGCCUGCCGCCCUGUUUGUUCACUCCCCCCCUUCCCGCUGCCCACAUGGUUCAGCCCUUUUCUCCAUCCCUCCCUCCGCUUACAUGGUUUGGCCUUUUUUUUUAAAUCCACCCCGCUUCCCUUCUUUGCCCACCUGGUUUGUCCCAGACACAUGGACUAGCCCAAGAACCCACCAGCCAAUCUCAUAUCACAGUCCCCCCCCAUCAUGUGACUCCAACCAGCCAAUAAACACCGCCCAACCGCCACCCCUCGUGCCACAUGUUUUGGAACCUCCCAUGUUGCACGAUUGUUUUCACGUUCUCCUUCCUCGUGUCCUAGGAGGGCUGGUCACCAGGACGGUGAGGCAGCAUCUGAACUUAAACAACGGCGAGCAGCUGUGCAGAUACCAGGGUCCCAUAUUACUGGUCAGAAGAACGAAAGAUGAAAUUAUCACCACCACGGUCCCGGAAGAUAUCAUGUCCAACAGAGGGAAUGACCUGCUCCUGAAACUCCUCCAGCACCGGUACCCCAAGGUGAUGGGCGAGGAGGGGGUGCGAGUCGUUCGGGAAUGGCUAGAAGCUUCCAGCGCCGUGGAGGAAGGUAAAUGCUCUGCCCACUGCAGCCUCGAAGAAGACUGGUGCCUGUCCGUGCUGAAAUCCUACCAGGCCGAGCACGGAGACCGCUUUCCCUGGAGCCUGGGAGACGACAUGACGCCCGAGGGGCGACGGCAGCUGGCCCUGUUCCUGGUGAGUGCCCCCGAUGUCCCCCUCCCGGGGCCUGAACUGUCUGGCUGGAAAAUAACUUUAACUCUGCCCUCUGUCAGCAUCCUCCAGGGUUCUGGAAGAUACUAG